AUGGCUGCAGCGCAGGCCGCUCAGCUGCCUCGGCGCAUCAUCAAGGAGACUCAGCGGCUGCUGUCCGAGCCAGCGCCUGGCAUCAGCGCCUCCCCCUCGGAGGACAACCUGCGUUACUUUGACAUAAUGAUUGCAGGGCCCAGCUCAAGUCCCUAUGAAGGCGGUGCUUUCAAGCUUGAGUUGUUUCUUCCCGAGGACUACCCCAUGGCACCCCCAAAGGUGCGUUUCCUGACCAAGAUCUACCACCCCAAUGUUGACAAGCUGGGCCGCAUCUGCCUGGACAUCCUCAAGGACAAGUGGAGCCCUGCCCUGCAGAUCCGCACCGUGUUGUUGAGCAUCCAAGCGCUGAUGAGCGCGCCCAACCCGGAUGACCCCCUGGCUGAGAAUGUGGCGAAGCACUGGAAGGACAAUGAGCCGGAGGCCAUCGCCACGGCCCGUGAGUGGACGCGCCUGUACGCCCACGGCCCCACAUGA